AUGAGCUUUGUGAAUAGCUUCGAUCCUAAUGAGCCUACCGGCUUUGAACUUGGCCUAGAAUUAGGUCUUAAUUGUGUUCGUGGCCCAUGCGGCGACGUACUGAGCUCCCCUGCAUUGGCUGCCUGCCUCAAGGACAUGGUAUCUGCCCUUGAUAGCCCUCUGGGUAGGCCGUCGGGUAUCUACCCCACUUCAAGUAGAAGAAGUAAGUAA